GCCAAUCAGUUCGCUGUGAUUUUCCGCUUUUCGUUCUCGUGUGAACAAGGUUUUCGAAGUUCAUAAUAUUUCUUUUGCUCCCUGCCUUCGAUCUCGAAGCCUGUACCAGAAGCGAGCCGUCCCGAUUCAACCGAUCCAGAUCUCGGGUUGUGUCGAUCGAUUCAGGUUUCAGAGAGACAGGAGGCGAGAAAGAUACGAGAUGGACCCAGAUUCAGUUAAAUCCACUCUCCAAAAUUUAGCAUUUGGGAAUGUAAUGGCUGCCGCUGCUCGCGAUUAUCAAAAGGAGAUUCUAACCCAACAAAAAGCUCAAACUUCCACUUCUACCAACCUGGAGGUUGAUCUUGAUGAGUUGAUGGAUGAUCCUGAACUGGAAAAACUGCAUGCUGAUCGGAUUGCGGCCCUCAAGAAAGAAGCUGAGAAGCGCCAAGCAUUGAAGCGGCAGGGACAUGGCGAAUACAGGGAGAUAACUGAGGGCGAUUUCUUGGGCGAAGUCACUGGAAGUGAAAAAGCGAUCUGUCACUUUUAUCACCGAGAGUUCUACCGUUGCAAAAUAAUGGACAAGCAUCUGAAGACACUUGCUUCAAAGCAUUUGGAUACGAAGUUCAUCAAGCUCGAUGCAGAGAAUGCGCCCUUUUUCGUGGCGAAACUAGGAGUGAAAACAUUGCCCUGUGUAAUACUUUUCAGGAAAGGGAUUGCAGUAGAUAGACUAGUGGGAUUUCAAGAUCUUGGAGGGAAAGAUGACUUUUCUACAAGGGCACUGGAGGCUCUUCUGCUCAAGAAAGGCAUAGUAAGUGAGAAGAAGGACGAUGAAGAUGAUGAAGGUAGCGAAUAUCUGGAAAAUAGGCACAGAAGUGUGAGAUCUUCUGUGGAUCCAGAUUCUGAUUCUGACUAAAAAUGGGAAGAAAAUGCCGUCUCUUUUCUUGAAGAUUUUGUAGCUUUUGCGGCGCAUGCUGUAUAAUUGUUCUCAUAAUUUUUGUUUUUUGCUAUCGUGUUUUCAACAUUCAAAUGCAGUCGACACGUAUUUCCAGCAAGUUUGAAGCUUGAUUCUGUAUCUGACUAGAAAAAAAGAAAGCCACAUGCAGCUUUUU